AUGGAGCCAUUCACUGAUUCACCGCACGAUGUGGAAGCUGCUGACCGAGCAAUGGAGUUUAGUUUGGGAUGGUUUGCCAACCCCAUAUUUUCUGGAAGUGGCGACUACCCACAAGUGAUGAAAGAGUUCAUUGGGGACAAGAGCAGGCGUCAAGGGUUAACUAAGAGCAGACUACCAGAGUUUACGGAGACGGAGAAAAGGCUAAUCAACGGUUCUGCUGACUUUCUGGGCGUCAACCACUACACAUCGAGGCUGGUGCGUCACAGACCAUUCCCGGACUCCGGCCCAAGCCACGAGCAUGACCAGGACUUAGUGACCACAGCUGAUUCUUGCUGGCCGGACACACAGGCGUACUGGCUGUCAGUAAAUCCUUGGGGUAUCCGGUCUGCGUUGGUCUGGGCCCAAAAGCGCUACAGAAAUCCGGUCAUAUUCAUUGCAGAGAACGGUCGCCACACAGGCACCGGCCUUAACGACACGGAGCGAAUACAAUAUCACUAUUACUACAUCAACGAGGUCCUUAAAGCCAUAAGACUUGAUGGCGUCAAUGUGCGAGCUUAUACCGCUUGGACUCUGAUGGACAACCUCGAGUGGUCAGUUGGUUAUAGCCUCAAGUUCGGUUUCUACCAUGUGGAUUUCAACAGCCCGCAAAAAACACGAAUUCCCAAAGCAUCGGUUGCCUUCUACAGGGAUCUGAUCCACCGCAAUGGAUUUUCAUAG